CGCCGGGCGCUCGUGCUCUACGCCUACCGGCCGGGCGACGACCAGCCCUGCUUCUUCGUCGUGGAGGGGCUGUACCUGCGGGUCCGCGACCGUCUCAACAUCACGGUGGACCACCUGGAGUUCGCCGAGGGCGACCGCGACCACUACGCCAAGCUGCUGCGGACCGUGCAGCGCAAGGGCCGAGUCAUCUACAUCUGCAGCUCCCCGGACACCUUCAGAGCCCUGAUGCUUCUGGCCCUGGAAGCUGGUCUCAGCGGGGAGGACUAUGCUUUCUUCCACCUGGAUCUCUUCGGGCAAAGCCUGCAAGGUGCACAGGGCCUUGGCUCCCGCAGGCCCUGGGAGCGGGGGGAUGGGCAGGAUGUCAGUGCCCACCGGGCCUUUCAGGCUGCCAAAAUCAUUACAUACAAAGAGCCAGAUAACCCUGAGUAUGUGGAAUUCCUGCAGCAGCUGAAGCACUUGGCUCAUGAGCAGUUCAACUUCACCCUGGAGGACGGCCUGGUGAACACCAUCCCGGCGUCCUUCCACGACGGGCUCCUGCUCUUCGUCCAGGCGGUGACAGAGACCCUGGCCCAUGGGGGAGCCGUCACCGACGGGGAGGGCAUCACUCAGCGGAUGUGGAACCGGAGCUUCCAAGGUGUGACAGGGCACCUGAAAAUCGACAGCAAUGGAGACCGAGAGACUGACUUCUCCCUCUGGGAUAUGGAUCCUGAGACUAGUGACUUUCGGGUCGUCCUGAACUACAACGGGACUUCCCAGGAGCUGGUGGCGGUGGCAGGGCGCACACUGCACUGGCCCCUGGGAUACCCGCCUCCUGACAUCCCCAAGUGCGGCUUUGACAACGAGGACCCUGCCUGUAACCAAGCCCACUUUUCCACCCUGGAGGUGCUGGCGCUGGUAGGCAGCCUCUCUCUGCUCAGCAUCCUGAUCGUCUCCAUCUUCAUAUACAGGAAGAUGCAGCUGGAGAAGGAACUGGCCUCAGAGCUGUGGCGGGUGCGUUGGGAGGACUUGCAGCCCAGCAGCCUGGAGAGGCACCUCCGGAGUGCGGGCAGCCGGCUGACCUUGAGUGGGAGAGGCUCCAAUUACGGCUCCCUCCUCACCACAGAGGGCCAGUUCCAGGUCUUUGCCAAGACGGCGUAUUAUAAGGGCAACCUCGUGGCUGUGAAAAGUGUGAACCGUAAACGCAUUGAGCUGACAAGAAAAGUCCUGUUUGAGCUGAAGCAUAUGCGGGAUAUACAGAAUGACCACCUGACCAGGUUUGUGGGUGCCUGCACCGAUCCCCCCAACAUCUGUAUCCUCACUGAGUACUGCCCCCGUGGAAGCUUGCAGGACAUUCUGGAAAACGAGAGCAUCACCCUGGACUGGAUGUUCCGGUACUCGCUCACCAAUGACAUCGUCAAGGGCAUGCAGUUCCUGCACAGUGGGGCCAUUUGCUCCCACGGGAACCUCAAGUCCUCCAACUGUGUGGUAGACGGUCGAUUUGUGCUCAAGAUCACUGACUAUGGGCUCGAGAGCUUCAGGGACCCAGAGCCUGACCAAGGACACACCCUCUACGCCAAAAAGCUGUGGACAGCCCCCGAGCUCCUGCGAAUGGCCUCACCCCCCGUCCGGGGCUCCCAAGCCGGUGACAUCUACAGCUUUGGGAUCAUCCUUCAGGAGAUUGCCCUGAGAAGUGGCGUAUUCCACGUGGAAGGUUUGGACCUCAGCCCCAAAGAGAUCAUCGAGCGGGUGACUCGGGGUGAGCAGCCCCCGUUCCGGCCCUCCCUGGACCUGCAGAGUCACCUGGAGGAACUGGGGCACCUGAUGCAGAGGUGCUGGGCUGAAGACCCGCAGGAGCGGCCGCCCUUCCAGCAGAUCCGCACGAUGCUGAGAAAGUUUAACAGAGAGAACAGCAGCAACAUCCUGGACAACCUGCUGUCCCGCAUGGAGCAGUACGCCAACAACCUGGAGGAGCUGGUGGAGGAGCGGACCCAGGCCUACCUGGAGGAGAAGCGGAAGGCCGAGGCCCUGCUCUACCAGAUCCUGCCUCACUCAGUGGCUGAGCAGCUGAAGCGCGGCGAGACCGUCGAGGCCGAAGCCUUUGACAGCGUGACUAUCUACUUCAGUGACAUUGUGGGUUUCACAGCCCUGUCCGCCGAGAGCACACCCAUGCAGGUGGUGACCCUGCUCAAUGACCUGUACACUUGCUUCGAUGCCGUCAUAGACAACUUCGAUGUGUACAAGGUGGAGACGAUCGGCGACGCCUACAUGGUGGUGUCGGGGCUCCCGGUGCGGAAUGGGCGGCUGCACGCCUGCGAGGUGGCCCGCAUGGCCCUAGCGCUGCUGGACGCCGUGCGCUCCUUCCACAUCCGCCACCGGCCCCAGGAGCAGCUGCGCUUGCGCAUCGGCAUCCACACAGGACCCGUGUGUGCUGGUGUGGUAGGGUUGAAGAUGCCCCGUUACUGUCUCUUUGGGGACACAGUCAACACGGCCUCAAGAAUGGAGUCUAACGGGGAAGCCCUGAAGAUCCACUUGUCCUCGGAGACCAAGGCUGUCCUGGAGGAGUUCGGUGGUUUCGAGCUGGAGCUUCGAGGGGAUGUAGAGAUGAAGGGCAAAGGCAAAGUUCGGACCUACUGGCUGCUGGGGGAGCGGGGGAACAGCACCCGAGGCUGACCCGCCUUUCCUCCUGGCCUCCCACACCUCCCUUCCCGGCGCCAGAAGUGACACGAGGGUCCAGGCCUCACCCUCACCCACCGCAGCCCCACUAUUGCCAGAGGAUCCAGAGAAGUGGUUUGAACAACUCAGGUGUGCUCAUUCCAGUGGAGACCCCACAUACCACCUCUGAAAGAGGACUGGUGUCGGGGGAGAGAACUCGGAGCUUACAGAACCAGAACAAAGCCCACACCCGUUAUCCACCCCCACUCAGGCCAAGCUGGGGUGUGGGUUCCUGGAUCCUCCUGCCCCUCCUGUGCCCUCCUCCCUCCGCCUUGCUACACUGUGACUUUUAUGGGGAAGGGGAAGAGCCAUCUUAGGGGGAAUAGCAAAAGGUUUUAGAAGUGAAUCUGGGGGGGGGGGUCCACAACUGCCACAAACACCCCCUAUCUCUCACCACCCACCGCUGGAUACAGUGUGCAGGGGAGAGGCAAGGUAUGGAGGGGCUGACGGCCUGUAUGCCUUGCUUCUCAACUGGGAGUGGAGACCAUUAAAAUCGUUAUCCUAGUGACAGUGUCUCUUCUUGAGGGAGAGAGGGUUGCCGGAAAACACAGCCACAUCCUCCACCCUCUGUCAGAUGAGACAUGCUUCUCAAGCUGGGAACAGCCGACGCAUUGCCCAGGCAGGGCAUGCAUCACUCUUGAUCCCAGGAACCCUUUCCACCCUAAGAGUUAUUGAGCUUUUGUUUCUGUGGGCUUAUCUACUGAUAUCUACUGUACUAUAAAUGAAAACAAGCCCUAUUAACUCAUUUAAAAUAACUAUAAUAAACCCACCACAUGUUAGUAACUUU